UAUGGCGAUAAUGUCUGACAACAAAACUCGUAUAAUUAAUAUAUCAGAAACGGAUAAUUUUCAAUUGCCUAUAGAUGUCAUUAUACACAUAUUAUCAUAUCUGUCUACAUCUGAUAGAAUGUCAGCAGGACUAGUUAAUCAAAUAUGGCAUGAAGCAUCUCUUGCUAUGAAGUUUCUAGAUCAAGAAAAAUUGGUUCUUGGUCGACCACGUACAGAUAAUUUAAAUGAAGUUAUAGAAAUCUUACAACAUUCUACAAGACCAUUUUAUCACUUUGUUUUUAGAGAAGUAGAGUUAAAACGGAAUAUGCCAAUUUGGGAUCAAUAUGGACCUUAUAUGAAAAGUCUAGUAUUGUUUUGUUGUGAUCUAAGUGAAAAAACACUUGUUGAAAUUCUUAAGUGCUGCAAAUCUUUGAAGAUAUUAUGCAUUAAUGCUUGUAGAGAAUGCCUAAUGUCUGGCAGACUUUUAGAAGAUGAGAAUGAUAUAAAAGAACUUUCAGAAACAUUAAAAAAUGUCCAAGAACUUAGCCUUGGUGAUAACCGUUUCCUGAGUGAUGCUCUAUUUAAUAGAUUAGUUGCCAUUUGUCAAAACUUGGAGUCUUUGAGUCUCAUGGGUUGUCAAAUAUCAUUUCAUUGUGGAUUAUAUAAAAAAUUUUAUCCUCAAAAUAUCACUUUAUCAGAUGCUUCAAAAUCAGUACUGACUUUUUUGAACACAUUACAGUACCUUAGGCAACAAGCACAUAAAUUGAAACAUUUAAAUUUUGGUUAUACAUUAAUUGAUGGAACUGCUUUAGCUACUCUAUCAGCUUUGCCAGAUUUGAAACUAGAAUCUUUGUUGUUACGAAGCUGCUAUCAGUUAACUAUGGAAGGGAUUAAAGGAUUGAUACAGUAUCAAACUUGUUUAAAGGUCCUUGAUAUUAGCUUUUGUGUGCGUAUUACAGAUGUCAGUUUACUCUAUAUUUGUAAAAAUUUGACAAGAUUAGAAACACUUAGAUUAAAACGAUGUCGUGCAGUAACUGAUACGGGUAUAAUGUAUAUUCAGUUACUAAAAAAUUUAAAAGAACUUGACAUUUCGGGAAAUGAACAACUUACUAGUGAUUCUAUUACCCGUGGUCUUUGUUCUGAUUGUAAUAUAAAUGAUGAUAACAUGCAACAAGAUAUUGAUUCUGAAAACAUAAAUUUUGUUUCUUCAGAAAAGAAUCAUAUUAUAGAAGAAAUAAUAAGAAAAGAAAACAUGCUAAUAUUGUCAGUAAGUGCAUUGCAUCUUCAUGAAGAAUCAGUUGAAUGCAUAUCUAAGGCUUUUCCUAAUUUAAGGCAACUUGAACUUAGCUACUGUUCUACUGGUGUUACUGACAAAACAAUACAGAUGAUAUUCAAGGAGCUUGUACAUUUGCAAACAUUAAAAAUUAGCAGUUGUGAUAUCAGUGAUAUUGGCUUAACGGGUAUGGAUACUGGUAACAAUGAGUAUGGCGAAAAAAUACAAGUUGUACAUAAACCAGAAUUUACAGAAUCCAGGCUAAGAAUCAGUUUACGCUCAAGGGCUGAAGAAGAAAUAGUACGUGACGCUAAUCGAAAGCGAGAGAUUAUGCAGCUUUGUGAAAUUGUAUCUGGGCCUUAUAAACCUUUUUUCGGAUUCUCUUUGAUUAGGCUUAAAUGCCUCCAAGAACUUGAUCUUUUCGGAUGUAAUAAUAUUACCGAUAUCAGUUUAAAACACGCAUUCGCUUUCCCAGAAUUAAGAACCUUAAACUUAAGUCAGUGUCAAGUUACACACGUUGGUUUGGAUUAUUUAUCAAGAAAUAAUCCAGCAAUCGAAUACUUAAAUUUAAACCGUUGUUAUAAAAUAUCGGAUAUUGGUAUAUCAUAUCUCGCACAAAGAUUGCAUAGAUUGAAGCGACUUCUCAUACAGGGAUGUUCACAACUCACGGAUCAAUCCCUUAAUUCUAUUAAACUAUAUUGCAAAAAUUUGCAUUACCUAGAUACACGUUAUUGUCGGGAAAUGACAGCAGCAUGUCUUGAAAGCUUGACACAUUUGUAUGUUGAUUGGCAUAAAAAUGAUGUUUCUGCAGAAAAUGAUAUAAUACCACCACCUGCUCCACCUUUACCAUCAUUACCAUCUUUACCAUAGAGACGGCUUCAAUAUUUUCUUUCGCAUUUUAAGG